AGUAGGGUUCAUCCCUGACCACAGCUACAGCGUGUCUCUGUCUCUUUCUCUCCUCUCCUGCAGAUCAACGUGGAGGUGUGAGUCAUUCCCUCAGCAGCACCUACUUCAUCUUGGCAUAGGUCUGGGCUGUGACCCCCUGCUACAGUCAUGGCACCCAAAAAGAACAAAGCCGCUAAGAAGAAUAAAGCAGACAUCAAUGAGAUGACAAUCAUGGUAGAAGACAGCCCAGUAAAUAAAAUCAAUGGGCUGAACACUCUUCUGGAAGGUGGCAAUGGUUUUAGUUGUAUCUCAACAGAGGUCAAUGACCCUGUCUAUGCCCCUAACCUCCUGGAGGGCCUGAGCAACAUGAGACAAGACAGCUUCCUGUGUGAUCUGACAAUAGCAACCAAGUCUAAGUCCUUCGAUGUGCACAAAGUUGUGAUGGCAUCUUGUAGUGAGUACAUCCACAACAUUCUCAAGAAGGAUCCAACCCUUAAAAAAAUUGACCUCAAUGAGCUGUCGCCAGUUGGUUUAGCCACAGCCAUCACGUAUGCCUACUCCGGAAAACUGACCUUGUCACUCUACACCAUUGGCAGCACGAUUUCAGCAGCCAUGUUGUUGCAGAUUCGCAGCCUGGUUAAGAUGUGCAGUGAUUUCCUAAUGCAGGAGAUCAGCGUUGAAAACUGUAUGUAUGUAGUCAACAUUGCAGAUACAUACAACCUGAAAGAAACAAAGGAGGCAGCACAGAAGUUUAUGCGUGAGAAUUUCAUUGAGUUCUCAGAGAUGGAACAAUUUCUGAAGCUCACCUAUGAGCAGAUUAGUGACUUUUUAACAGAUGACUCCUUGCAGCUGCCGUCUGAGCUCACAGCCUUUCAGAUUGCCAUCAAGUGGUUGGACUUUGAUGAGAAGAGACUGAAGUAUGCACCAGAUCUGUUGACACACAUUCGCUUUGGCACCAUCACGCCUCAGGAUCUCGUCAGCCAUGUGCAAACUGUUCCCAGGAUGAUGCAAGAUCCAGAGUGUCACCGUCUUCUGGUGGAUGCCAUGAACUACCAUCUACUGCCAUACCAACAAAACAUCCUGCAAUCCAGAAGAACUAAGGUUCGUGGUGGCCAAAAAGUACUGCUUACUGUGGGUGGACGACCUGCCUUGACUGAAAAGUCCCUCAGCAGGGACAUUCUCUAUAGGGAUGAGGACAACAUUUGGAACAGGCUGACUGAGAUGCCUGCAAAGAGCUUCAAUCAGUGUGUAGCUGUCCUGGAUGGCUUCCUUUAUGUGGCUGGUGGUGAAGAUCAGAAUGAUGCUAGGAACCAAGCAAAACAUGCUGUCAGCAAUUUCUGCAGAUACGAUCCCCGAUUCAACUCAUGGAUUCAUCUGACCAGCAUGAUUCAAAAGCGUACACAUUUCAGCAUCAAUACCUUUAAUGGUCUCCUGUUUGCUGUUGGUGGACGUAACUCAGAUGGCUGCCAGGCUUCCAUUGAGUGUUAUGUUCCAUCCUCUAACCAGUGGCAGAUGAAAGCUCCCAUGGAGGUACCAAGAUGUUGUCAUGCUAGUACAGUCAUUGAUGGCAAGAUCUUGGUAACUGGAGGCUACAUCAACAAUGCCUACUCCAGGGCUGUGUGUUCUUAUGACCCAUCAACAGAUAGUUGGCAGGAUAAAAACAGCCUGAGCACUCCAAGAGGCUGGCAUUGUUCCACCACUAUUGGUGAUCGGGCUUAUGUUCUUGGUGGUAGCCAGCUUGGAGGGCGUGGGGAGAGGGUUGAUGUCUUGCCAGUUGAAUGUUUCAACCCUCAUUCAGGCCAGUGGAGCUAUGUUGCCCCCUUGCACACAGGAGUGAGCACAGCAGGUGUAUCCACACUGAAUAAUAAGAUUUAUGUCUUGGGUGGAUGGAACGAGGUGGAGAAGAAGUACAAGAAAUGUAUUCAGGUAUACAACCCCGACCUUAAUGAAUGGACUGAGGAUGAUGAGUUGCCUGAAGCUACAGUGGGCAUCUCAUGCUGUGUUAUUACCAUCCCUACCCGCAAAACACGAGACUCCAGGGCCAGCUCAGUUUCAUCUGCUCCAGUUAGUAUAUAGGAUAGGAUAGGAUAGGAUAGGAUAGGAUAGGAUAGGAUAGGAUAGGAUAGGAUAGUUAACUUGGUAAUGCAUAAUAUAUUUAAGCUUUCCCUCUCAACUGUGAAAUACUUUUCAUACUCAGGCCAACCAUAUGCAUUUAUGAAAACCCCCCGCAUUUUUAUGAAAUAAAAAUUAAAGGUGCUGAUUGCAAAGUCAUCUGAAAUUUUCUUUUUUUUAUUGUGCAUGGCAUUUUCCUGUGUCUCACAAGAACAAUAUCAUAUGGAUGAGAUGUGAUUAUUUUGAUGUGCUGAGGGUCGCUUCUCUCCGUUUUGGGACCGUUUUCCUACCUCUUGAGGUAAACAGUAUGGCCCAACAGAAAUAGUCAAACUCAAGGAGUUUAAACUAAUUCACAUAACUAUGGAACUGCGUCACACCAAGAUGGUGACACAUGGAAAACAUCGUGACUCUGCAUUGACCUCGGAGAGUUUUGAGUCUCAGGGAUGCAAUUUGUGGUUGACAUUCGCAAAUAGAUCCAUGAAACAAAAGAUGAAUAUAUCUUUUCUCUGUUACUGCUUUUGUGUUAUUGUUUCUUUCUCUGUAAGAUCAAAACAUUCGGUGUGUAACUCCACACUCGCUACCAUGGAGUCGAGCCCAUGCAUUCUAAGGCUAAGAUAGCUCAGCACUAGCUAGAAUGAUUUAGUUAUCUGUCCAGAAAAAUGUCAUGUCAUCUAACUUUGCUCUGUCUUACAGUUGUACUCACUAGGCAGGCUUUCCUGUUCUUUUCUGCGGGCUUUUAGCUGGCGGGAGAGCAGAGUCCAUCAUGUUUGCCCAUGCCGACUUGUUUUGGUUAAAAGUAGGUCAAACACACCCCAUGGUGGUCACGUGAUAUUGUUGCUCACCUGCUUUGGCAAUCUCCAGAAUCGUAAAAUGCAGGACGCUUUUUAUCUCAGCAAAACAUUUACACAUGGUGUGUGCAGCAGCGAAACAUCUUGAAACCCCAACAGCAAUAGAAAUACAGUGGUGCUUGAAAGUUUGUGAACUCUUUAGAAUUUUUUAUAUUUCUGCAUAAAUAUGACCUAAAACAUCAUCAGAUUUUCACACAAGUCCUAAAAGUAGAUAAAGAGAACCCAGUUAAACAAAGGAGACAAAAAUAUUAUACUUGGUCAUUUAUUUCUUGAGGAAAAUGAUUCAAUAUUACAUAUCUGUGAGUGGCAAAAGUAUGUGAACCUCUAGGAUUAGCAAUUAAUUUGAAGGUGAAAAUAGAGUCAGGUAUUUUCAAUCAGUGGGAUGAUAAUCAGGUGUGAGUGGGCACCCUGUUUUAUUUAAAGGACAGGGAUCUAUCAAAGUCUGAUCUUCACAACACAUCUUUGUGGAAGUGUAUCAUGGCACGAACAAAGGAGAUUUCUGAGGACCUCAGAAAAAGCGUUGUUGAUGCUCAUCAGGAUGGAAAAGGUUACAAAACCAUCUCUAAAGAGUUUGGACUCCACCAAUCCACAGUCAGACAGAUUGUGUACAAAUGGGGGAAAUUCAAGACCAUUGUUACCCUCCCCAGGAGUGGUCGACCAACAAAGAUCACUCCAAGAGCAAGGCAUGUAAUAGUCGGCAAGUUCACAAAGGACUCCAAGGUAACUUCUAAGCAACUGAAGGCCUCUCUCAUAUUGGCUAAUGUUAAUGUUCAUAAGUCCACCAUCAGGAGAACACUGAACAACAAUGGUGUGCAUGGCAGGGUUGCUGAGCACCGCGAGAUCAGGUACUGAUAAAAGUCCGCGCAGAACUUUUCACUUCCUUUUACUAACUAGUCACGGACAUGGAGACCGACACAGAUGCAUGUCACGCAGACUGACAGGGAUGACGGAACCAGAAUCUCCUUUGUCAGAUAGCUCGUUUUCAAGAUGGGCAUACGCCCACUAUUUUCAGUUCCUUAAAAAUAAGGACUCAAAGAACAUUUUAGUUAAAUGCACACUGUGUGCAAAUCCCAAACCUCUUUUAACAUCUAAAAACAGUACAAGCAAUUUGACGAAGCAGUUGCAGAGGUGCCAUAGCACCAUGAAAUUAGCCAGGAAAGGAGAGGAUGGGACUGGGAGUGAUGAUAAAACCCCAGCAAAGCAGCUGAAACUGAUUUUCACCCAACAAAAGAAUCUCCAGCCAUGAGAGGUGAGAAGGCUCGUGGCGGAGUAUGUUGUGGAAGAUAUGCUGCCACUUGCCACGGUGGAAUCACCAGCCUUCAGAAAAAUUAUCUCCAAGAUCCCUGUCACUGCUAGCAACGACAAGGUAAACAAGGCUACAUUGCCUCAACACGCUCUUUUUUACCUGAAUGCUGGAUUUGAAUGUGAUAUUAAUAUCGAAAAUGUGGGACUCAUUGCCUGAUUCUGUCCCAAAUUUAAAUUUAAAGAAGGGAAAGGACGAUUUAUCCUUGGUAUUUAAUUUUAAAGAAGGGAAAGGACGAUUUAUCCUUGGUAUUGUGGGCGGGUAAGAAGCUAUUCCUGAACAUGCUGGUUUUUAGUCUGCAGGCUUCCUGGAUGGGAGGUGAAAGAGUCAUGACUCAUGAGCUAGAUUUGCUCUGUAGAUUACCAAAUCCAUUCCAGUCAUUUUGGCAAGAAUAAAUAAAGUAAUGUAAAAGUAGUGUAAUGCCUUACUUUUUAAAUGCAGUAAUAUUGUAAUGUAACGCAUUACUUAAAAAUGACAGCAAAAAGUAAUAAGUAAUGCAUUACAGUUCUUGAGUAACUUGCCCAACACUGCUAAGCACACAAGUCGUUCUACCAAAGAAAGGUUAAAGAAGAAUAAAGUUAAUGUUUUGGAAUGGCCAAGUCAGUGUCCUGACCUUAAUCCAAUCGAAAUGUUGUGGAAGGACCUGAAGCGAGCAGUUCAUGUGAGGAAACCCACCAACAUCCCAGAGUUGAAGCUGUUCUGUAUGGAGGAACGGGCUAAAAUUCCUCCAAGCCGGUGUGCAGGACUGAUCAACAGUUACCGGAAACGUUUAGUUGCAGUUAUUGCUGCACAAGGGGGUCACACCAGAUACUGAAAGCAAAGGUUCACAUACUUUUGCCACUCACAGAUAUGUAAUAUUGGAUCAUUUUCCUCAAUAAAUAAAUGAUCAAGCAUAAUAUUUUUGUCUCCUUUGUUUAACUAGGUUCUCUUUAUCUACUUUUAGGACUUGUGUGAAAACCUAAUGAUGUUUUAGAUCAUAUUUAUGCAGAAAUAUAGAAAAUUCUCAAGGGUUCACAAACUUUCAAGCACCACUGUCGAACAUUUUACCCAGAAUUCAACUUUGCAGUCAGAACCUUUAAGCAAAAAUAACAUUUUCUGAAACAUUAUCAUUUCAUAUUCAUAUUCUCUUUUAAUUUUAGUUAGCAAGCAAAGACAUUAAAACAGUUCCGUUUAUUAUAUAAACUCAAUGAACAGUAUGUUGUGCAAUUAUUACUUUUCACUUCAGAUCAAAUCUGGAAUUAUUGUUCAGUGUGCUGAAAUUUUAGAUGAACUUGCAAGUAUUAAAAUGGCUCAUAAGUUAUAAGAACACUGAUAUACAAUUAAGUUUUCUUUUGGAGACUGUCUUUUUGUGUUUUACAAACAGUGGAAAGAAUGUUCUAAAUAAAAAUAUUUAGGUAUAAUUCAUUUAAUAGUUGUAUUUUAAAAUGGGGCCAAGGCUUAUAAUAAUGUCAUCAACCCUUCUCAGUAACUUUUGAGUCAAUGAUACAGUUGGCGGUAAAUCACAAAGUAUGUGGAACAUGAUCUGAAGUCACAAACAUCUGAUAUUUGUGUACUGAGUUCGAAUGAAGCCGAUUAUAUACAAAAGCUAUCAAGCUAACCAUCCAUCCAUCCAUUAUCCAUAACUGCUUAUCCUGUGCAGGGUCGAGGGCAAGCUGGAGCCUAUCCCAGCUGACUAUGGGCGAGAGGUGGGUUACACCCUGGACAAGUCGCCAAAUCAUCGCAGGGCUGACACAUAGAGACAAACAGCCAUUCACACUCAGUCAAUUUAGAGCCACCAAUUAGCCUAACCUGCAUGUUGAAGCCGUGUCUAAGACAAAUCUCUGUUUUUUACUGAAGAACAGACAAAGUUUCUAAAGUUUCUGGACUGUGGGGGAAACCAGAGCACCCGGAGGAAACCCACACAGACAGAACAUGCAAACUCCACGCAGAAAGGCCACCAUCGGCCACUUGGCUCAAACCUAAAACCUGCUUGCUGUGAGGCUAACCACUACACCACUGUGCCAUUCUUUACUAUUGAUGACUCACAAUUAAAUAUUGCUCUUCGUGAUGCCAAAAGUUAAUCAUACCUUAUGGUUAAUUUGUACGUUAGGUAGUCCUACCUGCCAGGUGUAGGUGUAAUAACAGCAAUCUACUUUCCAUCUGACACUUCAAUACACAACUGUAAAAUAUAUAUUUAAAAAACACCUACAAAAGAAGCUUUAGAAGGAGUCAAAGUAGGAGUUGAAAGGUUCGACAGGGAUGGUAAGUUUUGUAAAAAGACUAAGUGGUAAUGGAAUCAAAGCUAUGCACCUGAGCUGACUACAUAGAUGGUAAUGAUUUACGAUUAUUCCUGCCAGCUCAUGUUUUAAAAUAUUUGUCGGUUCUUGGAACCUGGACAAUGUGACAACUGCACAAGAACAGUAUUAUAUUUUUUAAAUGGGACUGAUUUGAGAAGUGAAAUGUUUGUAUUUAUGCUGAUUCAUUGUACAUGUCCAAGUUCUGCAUAUUUAUUAAAAG